UCUGUUGUGGGAAAGUGCUUCUCACUACCUGCUGCCAUUCUUCUAGUGGAUUGAGGGUUGUGGCCUGAGAGCUGGGGGUGGUGGUGCCUCCUCGGUGUUGGUCUCCUUCCUGGUGGGACUUCCUCCCUCCUCCUCUGAAUGCUGCUCAGUGUGCCUGUGUGGUGUGAUUAUAGUGUUGUGUGGUAGUGUGCAUGCUUUGCUUGGGGUGGCUUUUCCUUGGAUUCUCGCACCUCGUUUCAGCCCACCUGUCCCUGAGGCAGCAGAAACAACACCUUUGGGCCAACCACAAGCGCAUUUCCUCUGGAGUCUACCCGAGUGGAAAGUUUCUUACUGAAGCCUCUUAUCGUGAUUUGAGGAGCAGCUGUGGUGAACCUCCAAUAUCAUUGUCUCCAGGGGAAUAUCGAGUCACCAUGAGGACCGCUCACAUCCUUCUGCUCUGCAUCCUGGGAGCUGCACUGUUGGCUGCAAUCAACUGCCACACUGGAAGUGGUCCUGAUAAUUGUUGCUUCCAGUUCUACCCGAGAAGAUUGAACAAAACCCUCAUCAAAUCCUAUUACCUGACUCAUUACAGCUGCUUCAAGCCUGGAGUCAUUUUUGUUACAAAGAAAUCAGGUUGUCACAUCUGUGUGGAUCCGACUCUGUCCUGGGUCGAGAACAUCAUGAAGUUCGUGGAUGAGAGCUCCUUUUAAACGGGUGACCUGCUCAUCCUGAAGACGUCUUCAUCAGUAAAAAUUAAACCAGAAUGUUGUUUCCUUUCUUUUUAAUUUUGCUUUAAUAUGUUUUUUUAUGCUCAUUAUCCAACAGUAUAAACCUUGUUGCAAUAAAGUUUGUAGUUUUAAAUGUUUGAUUUAUUUCAUCUGAAAUUCUGUAAAUGUCAAAAUAUAAUUAAUUUUGAGAUUUGAGUUUGAAUAAAAACAAUGUCUAUAUU